GCAUUGCCCCCCCCCCCCCACCCCCCGGGGCGUUGGGGGGGUUUGUGGGCCUCGGUGCUUGCUCCCGCGGGGCGCACUGAGAUUUAGGGGCCUCUCGGGCCACCACCAGGUUUGGCGCCCUGUGCGCUGGGGGUUGGUGGCCUCUGGGCUGGUUCCUGCGGGUCGCAGGGCGGGUUGGUAGCCCCAUGGCUGGUCAGAGGGCGGUACAGGGUCCCCAGCCUUGUGCUGCUCCAGCCCAGCUCACUCGCCAAAAGCCAGGCAAGGGUCUGUUGGUUGCAGGCACCCCAGAGUACUCAGAGCACCUCUCCACUCUGGCUGCCCUCCCUCUGGCACCAUCAGCCUGGGGGGAUUUGUGGCAGAGCCUCUGCAAAUGUGGUUUGCCCUGAGCCUGGGAUCUGCCUGGCAUGUUUCUUUCCUGCACACAGAUAACUCUAAUUUGUAGCUCUGCAUGCAGGAGAUAAUUUGAAUACACCUCAGUGGUGUGUGGGAGGAGAUCUCUACACUGGUCUUUGCUGGCAUUCACAAACACGUAAGGAGGGAGAAAGGCUGUGUGUUUUUCUAAAUGCAAAACUGCUAGAAAGGCUUGUUUGUUUUAAAAGGAGGGACAAGUCUUUUGGAAACCAGGCAGCGUCAGGGUCUGCUGCCAGAGACCUGCGUGGGGAAGACACCACUGCAAUGCUGGAGGCCCCUGGAUGGUCUGUGCACGUAGCAGAGCACCAUGCCUUUCCUGCAUGGCUUCCGCAGGAUCAUCUUCGAGUAUCAGCCCCUGGUAGACGAGAUCUUGGGGUUGCUGGCGAUACAGGAUGCGGAAAGGCAGAACACCCUUGAGAGCUCUGCCUGUCUGGGAAGUGACAGGAGCCAGCUCUCAGCUGUGAGACGAGUCUUGGAAAGGGAGACCCACUCCCCAUUUUAUCAGGAAGGUGUGAGCUAUGCCCUGUUGAAGGUCACCGAGCUGGGCCGCAUCCCUGCUGCAGAAAUCCUCCUGGAGUUUGGAGCUGACCUCAGCUUUGAAGAUCCAGUCACCUACUACACCCCCCUACACAUUGCAGUGCUCCGCAACCAGCCGGAUAUGGUGGAGCUCCUAGCGCGCCACGGGGCUGACAUCAACCGCAGAGACCGGAUCCAUGAGAGCAGUCCCCUCGAUCUGGCCAGCGAGGAACCUGAGCGGUUGCCAUGCCUCCAGCGGCUGCUUCAGCUGGGGGCUGAUGUCAACGCAGCUGACAAAAACGGAAAGACAGCGCUGUUGCACGCCCUAGCCAGCAGUGACGGUGUCCAGAUCCACAACACUGAGAGCAUCCGUCUCCUGUUGGAAGGAGGUGCGGAUGUCAGAGCCACCACCAAAGAUGGUGACACUGUCUUCACCUACAUCAUCUUCCUGCUGGGUGAGAUGGUGUGCAGCAACACUGAGGAGGCACAGGUGAUCAAUCGCUUCUGCUUUCGUGUCACGCAGCUGCUGCUGGCCCACGGCGCCAACCCCAGCGAGUGCCCAGCCCCCGAGUCCCUCACCCACCUCUGCUUCAAAAGCUUCAAACGCCACUUCUCGCUGCUGCGUUUCUUGCUGGAGUCAGGGGCUGCCUACAACUGCUCCCUCCACGGUCCCUCCUGCUGGUCAGGCUUCCACAUCGUCUUUGAGUGCCUCUGCUCACACCUCAGCGUCUCUGAAGAUGACAGCUUCUCUACAGACCUCAUCCAGAAGGGUCAGACACUGCUGGAGCUCAUGAUGGCCAGUUCACAAGCCAUCCAGCUGCCCAGCAACUUUGAGGUCAAUACCAGCAGCUGUAGGUACCAUGGGGAGAAGAUCAGGACUCUCUUCUGCUCUCUGAAGCAGCUGGAGCGCUCCCCACAGGCACUGAAACAUCUCUGCAGGGUGUUUAUCCGGCAGCGCCUUAAACCGUGGCCAGUAGAUGUCAAAAUCAAGGCUCUACCUCUUCCAGACAGGCUGAAGUGGUACCUCCUCAUUGACCAUGCUGCUGCUGGGCACGAGGACCUCUGAGCCUGACUGACACCUCUCCGUGCUCAUGGUGUGCCUACAGCCACCGAAUCUGCUCUGGGCCAGUUUUCUUGGCAGGAGAUGGGCUGUCCACAUGCUGUCCACACACCCACGGCUUGGCCAGCGCUGCCCAUGAUGUCCGACUCUGCUGCAUUUUGGGGGGGUGGUGUGUUUUUUUGAUCAUGAUGCUGCAUGCACGUCUGUGGAGGCCUUGUUGCUCUGGGGCACAUUGUGGGGAGGCAGGCAGAGCCCCACAGCUCCCUCGGGGUGAGGAGAGCCCCUGGGCUUUGGGGAACUGGAUACUGAGGCAGAGGGCUGGUUUGUGUGGAUUUUAAAAGGCCUGGCGGGCAGGACCAGUGGGGUGGUUGGGGUGGUGUGACUGGACAGGCAGCCUGUCCCCUCUCUUUCCAGCCCUGCUGGGUCCAGGGUGGGUGAAGCAGUGCCUUAGGCGAGUGGCGGAGUUGUGAUAUGCCUUGGGAUGCUGGGAGAAGAGGUGUUCCCCAUGCCGAGAGACUGCUGGCACCUGUGUCCUGCUUUCCUGUCUUCAGCCCGGCUGGUGGGAGCAGCCAUGGUGGAGGCAGGUCCAGCAUCUCUGUGUGGAUGCAGAUGCCUUCCUUGCUUAUGCAGGCUUCUGAAACUAGGAGCGUGACAGGGGUGAGGGGAAGCGGGGCUGGCAGCGCUCGCCAGCUGCUCAGCACCCUCUGAGUUUCUGCUGGGAGUACCCCAUCCUCCUGGCACAAAGGACCAUCCACCAAGAACAUCUUGGAGUCGCUGAGCUCCAAAACAGGUGGAUGUUUCUUGGCUUUGUGGUGUGUUUCAUGUGCAAGGAUGAGGAACAGGCAGCUAACUGCUGAGUGCCUUGUGCCUCCCUCCGUGGUCCUUGGCACUUGCCCUUGGUGACUGCUCCCAGGACCGUGGUCUGCAGUGCCUCCUCCCCAGCAACAAGAAAUUGCAGCAGGACUCGGGGCUUUCUCUCCAACCUGCUACUGGAACUUGCAGACUUUGGGGCUGCACAUGGCGGUCCCGUGUCCCAGCCUUGCCGCAGCUGUCCGGCUCCCCCUUCUAGGCAUCUGUUUCCUUGUGACGUGCCAAAGACUGGCUGCAGAGCUGAGCCCGCCCCUGACAUUUUUGUUGUUUGUCAGGGACAGAUGCAGAAGAGGAUUAAAAGAGGAAAAAAGAUCUCUUCUGAGUAGGUACAAUUUAUAGCAGGUGGGCCUGGGAUCCAUGGGCAGUUGGGCCACAGAAGGGUUGUCUCCUCCCAUUGUCCUCCUGGCAGAACCUGUGCUUUACCUUCUCCCACCCUGUGGAACUGGAGCUGUGUAUCUUGAUGAAUUCACGUUUUAAAAAAAAAAGUGAUCAAAUACUCCCCUGGUGUCUGGAAUGGGAAAUGAGCGAUUAAACAAGCCUUUUGUAAUAAUGACAA